CUACAGUAGAGACGAUGGCUAGCGAGAAGCAACGAUGCCGCAUCAGCAGAGUUCCCGAUCACAUCCGAGGCGUCAACCCGGCACUGUUCGCACCAGCCGUCUUUCCAAUCGGGCCUUACCAUGCCCACGUCGGGGCGGGAGGAGCGCCGGAGAGAGCUCGGAGACUCAAGGAGCAGUGCCUCGACGAAGUCGUCCGGCUGAGCGGAAGCAAGCGCGGCGACUUCCUUGCGCAGAUGAGGAGCCUCGUGAAGCGAGCGAGGGAGUACUACACCGAAGACAUCGACAUGGAGGACGAGGCCAUGGCAGAGAUGCUGCUCCUGGACGGGAGCUUCGUCCUCGCCUCCCUCCAUGGGACAGCACGGCUAACUCGAGGAUCGUCGACAUGUGGGGAGACAGAAUCCUCGGAUUGCGCUAAUUCUUUCACCUGCCUGGAAGAGAGCGACGAGGAGAAUCAGGUGGCUGUGGCGAACACGGACGUCGAUAGCUGGCACCAUUUCAACGUGGCGCGGGAUCUCUUCCUCGUGGAGAACCAGAUCCCGUUCUUCGUGGUGCAGAAGAUAUACGAGCUCCUCGUCAAGAACCACCCACGCGCGGAUCGCCGGGCCGUCAGCGCCGUGGAGGCGUAUGUCCGGGACGUGAUGGCCGUCUACGCGAAGGGCGACGGCGAGGCGGCAGCGCUGCAGCCGCACCAUCUGCUUCACCUCAGCCACAUGUACCUGAGACCAAUCGAGCAGCUCUCGCCCUGGAGCGACGACGGCAAGUGCUCCGUCACGACCGUGGGCCGGCUUCGCCGGGCCACGCAGUACCGCGGGCUCAUGGUGCGCUUCCGGAAGCUGGACAUCGGCGGCAAGGCGGCGCCGCGCAGCAUCCUGGACUUGGCGUUCCGCGGCGGCGCGCUGGAGAUACCGCGGCUGGAGAUCGACGGCGACACGUGGAGGCAGAUGGCGAACCUCGUCCUGCUGGAGCAGGCGAGCCCGCACGUCGGGCUCUACGUCACGGCGUACUGCGCCUUCAUGUCGCAGCUCGCCGGCACCGCCGACGACGUCGCGCUGCUCUGCGAGAGCGGGAUCAUCGAGCACCACCUCGGCGGCGACGGGGACGUCGUCGAGGGGUUCCGGAAGCUCUGCGACGGCAUCAUCUUCGACGCCAACGACGACGCGUACAACUACCUCAGGCCGGUGUACCAGGCGUUGGAGGAGCACUGCCGUCGCCGCACGCCGAAGCUGCUUCGCUGGCUGCGAGCACACGCCAACUGCCCCAACCCAUGGAUGGUUCUCGGCGUCCUCACCAUCAUCACCCUGCUCUGUUUCAUCGUGCAGCAGCUGCACCAUGCCACUCUAAGGAACCCUGCGACUUGAGAAAUAACUGAUCCGCAACGUUUGUUACCGCUGUCCACGAGCACGGUAAGCAUCCUGUCGCAAAGUUUCUAAUCCUUUCAGAAUUUUACUGUUUUUAAGAAGUUACUGAUAGAUAUACAAUGUUUUUAAAUUAUAGUACCUUCGGUAUCUUUCGAAAAAUAAAGAUACACGAAGGUACUAUAAAUUAAAAUAGAAAAUAGCAUAUCUCCCGGUAUUAUCACUAGUACCUUAGUAUGAGUGUUUCUGUUGUUUUGUUACGGGAACAUGCGGUAGGGUGUUCUCUGUUGCAUGGUAUGCAUGUUUAUGUAAAACAGAAUAAAUGUCUUAAAGAGAUCAUCUCAUUCUGUUCUGUUGGACCCUAAUAUUUGCAAACUGGUGCAAACAUGCAAUUUAUAUAUAUUCAG